AUGAAUUGGGAUUUCAUCUGGCUUUUGAUUUUCAACUUGUGUUGCUGCUCCUUGGGGCACUGCUUGGACAACACUGCUGCAAGUGAAUCAUUAAAUUCCUUGGUUCAAAAUUUUGCUUUCAGGACACUGAUCAAACACCGGCCUCAAACUGGUGCUCUAUAUGAUGCUCUUCUUCCGCGGAACCUGUCAGGUAUGGAUGUUUCAGUAGUACGUCUCAGAAGCAGAAGGCUCUGGAACAAAGGUGCCAACUUCAGCUACUUUCGGAUCCCACCGAGAACAAAGUCCAUUCCCCAUGUGAGGAGGUUGGCUAUUGUGUACCAAAACUUGGGCAAUUGGUCUUCCCUCUACUAUAACGUUCCAGGUUACUCACUCAUCACUUCUGUUGUUGGCUUCAUGGUUUUUGAUGCCUCAAAUAUAACAGAUACAAGUGUGAGAAACCUCACUCUCAACACAAUGGGGCAGCCUAUAUCUAUUAAAUUCCCCAAUAAUCCAUUUAUGGGUAUGGGUGGUAUCAAUUCAAGGGCAAGAUGUGUAGCUUUCAAUGCCAAUGGAACAAUUCAACUCACUGGGAUGAGUUCCCCCGGCGUAUGUUACUCAAGAGACCAGGGUCAUUUUUCAGUUGUGUUCCCAUUGGAGAAUAAGCGGAGACCAUGGUAUCUGUGGGUGAUUGGCUCUGUGCUCGGAUUUUUUGCGUUGAUCAUGGUGGGCUGUGCAGGAUUUUCAUCUCUGAGACUUCUCAGGAGCAAGAAGAUUCAAGCCAUGGAAAAACAAGCCGAUGAAGAUCAGGUUCUUGAAAGUAGAUGGGUUGGCAAUAGUAAAAUGCCAUCCGCAGCAGUGACAAGAACCCAGCCAGUUCUUGAGAGCGGUGUUCAGUAG